AAAACAAGGAGCGGCCGCCAUCUUAGGGCAAUGACUGUGCACAUAUGAGGCGAUGAAAGGGAGGUGUGGAGAGAGAAAGGGGGAGGAAAUAAUGCGGCAGCCGCCAGUAGGGGGCGGAAGGGAUGUAGCAUCCGGGGGCCGGGGCGUCCCAGGAGCUGCGGGAGAGGACGGACAUGCACAGCGCUGCUGCCUCAGCUCCUGACAACAAAAUGGCGGCGGAUCUAAGCAGGCGGGGGCGGCGUGUGCCUGCGGGGACCGGGAACCAUAUUCCGGCGGCGGAAAGUGACAGAAACCGGCUCAUCGUAACAAGCGGAGUCCGGUUUAUCCGGGCACCGGGUUUGUUUUCGCCUUAAAGCUUCGGUUGCGGUGUAAAACCGCCGAGUUGCGGUGUGUGGACUCUGAGGGUGACUUGAGGGAAAUGAGCGCAUUUCUGUGUACGAAUUACGGUCAUGCUUAGAACUAAUCGCUAUGAGGACGUGAAUUGUGUGACGCCGCGUGGAAAACCUUUAUUUUACAUCUGAGGAAAAUCGACACGGACGACAAAAUGGCGGUCACUCUAUUGUGUGGCGAAGAGUAUUACAACUGCGCAGCAAGAUGGCGCCGUCUCCUUCAAGCCGCCAGAAGGAGAAAACAACGGCCACGUCGCGUGAUCUGGAAGCUCCGCCUCCCCACCGUCUUAGCUCUGCUGCCUAGUAACAGCCAAUGGGACCCGUCCUGGCCGCCGAGUUCUGCCUGGUUCCAGCCAAUGAGAGAGGAGUUUCUUCUUGUGUGACGUGGAGGCCGCGCUGAGUCACUCGUCCUGGAGUCCUACGAUGUAAAGGGCGCGUCCUCCUAGGCUGCUGCAGUGGUUGUGUUCGCCUUGACCGCUAGGGGUCAGUCAUACAACGUUAGAGCUGACGACCAAUAGGAAAAGGCUUUGCUCGGAGUGGGCGUGGGAUAUUGUAAUUGAUGGAGGCGUCGGCCAAUGGAUGCGUUGGAAGGAUCCAAGGGGCCGGCCCUGUUCGGCCAAUAGCGAGCGGCGCCUGUAUUUAUAUAAGACCGGCCUCAGUGUGCGAGGCGCCAUUUCGCUGAAGCGGAGAACCCGGAGCUGUGGAGAGGGCGACAGAGGCUGAAAGUGGUUUGAGUCAAAGAGAUCGCUGCGCCCUCAGCCGGAGAGCGGGCGGCUACACAAUCCGUAUCCAUCCGCAUGGAGGCAACCCUAAACCCAGCGUUUAAAAGGCCACCGCUGGAUAUCAAUCAUGCUAUAAUGGGUCAGUCAGUGGAGGGAACACCAGGAAAGCGUAUCCGCAAGCCCUCCCUCCUGUACGAGGACUUUGAGGGACCCACCAUGACGUCCGGAGUCUUUAGUCACAGCCCUCAAGUCAAUCCCCCUCCUCCAGAAGUCAGCAAUCCGAAGAAGCCUGGGCGCUCCACCAACCAGCUGCAGUACCUGCACAAGGUGGUCAUGAAGUCCCUGUGGAAGCACCAGUUUUCGUGGCCGUUUCGCCAGCCGGUGGAUGCUGUGAAGCUUGGUUUGCCGGACUAUCACAAAAUCAUCAAGCAGCCUAUGGAUAUGGGCACCAUCAAAAGGCGGCUAGAAAACAACUACUACUGGAGCGCACUGGAGUGUAUGCAGGACUUCAACACUAUGUUCACAAACUGCUACAUUUAUAACAAGCCUACAGAUGAUAUUGUGCUAAUGGCCCAAAGCCUGGAGAAAAUGUUCUUGCAGAAAGUAGCACAGAUGCCCCAAGAAGAGCAGGAGAUCCCAAAUACUGCUACUAAGAUUAAGCAUGUGAAAUCGCCAAACAGCAAAUCACCAGUCAUUACAGGUGGAAUUGCAACAGCACACCAAGUGCCAGCUGUCUCCUCCAUGUCUCAGUCUUCACUCUACCCAAGUUCUCCUGAAGUGCCCACGACAGUAAUUAAUUUACCGCACCCUGCGGUCCUUUCUAAUCCUAUGCUGAAAUCCAUGGCCUCGGCUCAGACAAUGCUGCCAGUUGUUCCAGCAGCCACACAACCAGUAUCUAAGAAGAAAGGUGUGAAGAGAAAAGCAGACACUACAACUCCAACCACCACAGCUAUUAUUGCCACCAGUGGAGAUUCCUCUCCUCUAACUCCAUUGGAGAACAACAAACCUGCUAAGAUCCCCGCUCGUAGGGAAAGUGGUCGGCCCAUCAAGCCGCCUCGAAAGGACCUCCCAGACUCUCAGCAGCAUCAGACGUCUAAGAAAGGCAAACUAACCGAGCAGCUCAAAUACUGCAAUGGAAUACUGAAGGAACUUCUCUCCAAGAAACACGCUGCCUACGCUUGGCCUUUUUACAAACCCGUGGAUGCCUCUGCUCUGGGACUGCACGACUACCAUGAAAUCAUUAAACACCCCAUGGAUCUCAGCACCAUCAAGAAAAAAAUGGAAAAUAGAGAAUACCAUGACGCUCAGGAGUUUGCCGCAGAUGUCAGGCUCAUGUUCUCAAACUGCUACAAGUAUAACCCACCGGAUCAUGAUGUUGUGGCCAUGGCAAGGAAGUUGCAGGAUGUGUUUGAAUUCCGUUACGCUAAAAUGCCAGAUGAGCCGAUGGUAGUUACGCCCCCUCCCACAUCUACACAAUUGCCCCCCUCCGACUCGAAAUCGUCGUCUGAUUCGUCCAGCGAGAGCAGCAGCGACAGCUCCGACGAGAGCGAGAGCUCGGAUGACUCUGAGGAGGAGAGGGCAAACAGACUGGCAGAACUUCAGGAGCAGCUCCGGGCGGUACAUGAGCAGCUAGCUGCUCUUUCACAGGGCCCAAUUUCCAAGCCUAAGAAGAAAAGAGAGAAGAAGGAAAAAAAGAAAAAGAAGAAAUCUGAGAAGAAGAAAGUGAAAGAUGACGAUGAAUGGAGAUGUGGCAAAUCACGACCACAGAACAAAAAGUCCAAGAAAUCCUCGUCUGGUGGGACCACAUCCACAAGCAGCACAACCCCUAUGGUAUCAAAGAGCUCUAAGAAGUCAUCAAAAUCGUUGCCUCCGCCUCCACCGGUCAUGUAUGACUCCGAAGAGGAGGAGGAAUGCAAGCCAAUGACUUACGACGAGAAGCGGCAGCUAAGUUUGGACAUAAACAAACUACCCGGAGAGAAGCUGGGUCGUGUGGUGCAUAUAAUUCAGUCCCGGGAACCCUCGCUACGAGAUUCCAAUCCUGAGGAAAUAGAAAUCGACUUUGAGACUUUAAAGCCUUCUACUCUUCGGGAGCUCGAGAGAUACGUGAUGUCUUGUCUAAGAAAGAAGCCAAGAAAGCUCUUCGCUCCACUUAACUCCAUGCUCUCUGCAACGCUCAAAAAACCGAUGGGGAAAACAAAAGAAGAGAUUGCUCUGGAGAAGAAGAGAGAGCUGGAAAAGAGACUACAGGAUGUCAGCGGGCAACUAAACUCCACCAAAAAACCACCCAAGAAAGCCCACGAAAAAGCAGAAUCAGCGCAGCCGGUCUCUGUUUCCCGCCUCAGUGCUUCCAGUUCCAGCUCAGACUCUGACAGUAGCAGCAGUUCUACUUCCAGCUCCUCAGACACAAGUGACUCGGACUCCGGUUGAGGGGUGGGGGGGUUAAAUAUGUGACAGUCGCUUUACCUUUCACUGGAACAGGGAAGGAAGGCUCGGGUUCAAUGCUUUGUAUGUGGUUCUAAAAGGAUCUGCAGGAACAGAACCCCUUGCGAACCAAACUCUACACCCGUUUGGGGGAUAAACAAACUUGAGGCCUUUGGAUUGUUUGAAUUCCCUGCCUUUCUUUUUCCCACGGCAAGUGGUGCACAUAAAGACAGCUGUGGAGAGUCCUGGAGCAUGUGACGUCACCCUUAAUAUCUGACUCCUGUGUGGGCAUAAAGCAUUAUUGAGGGUGGGUGGGCAAGUGAUAGUCGAUGCAGUGUCCUUAUUUUAUUCUGUUUACAUGUUCAUAUGGAACGCACAGACCUGGAAGAAGUAGAGUCCUCUGCUGGGACAAUUUCAAGAUGGCCUCUGGUUUGUCGCUUUUUACAGCGUACAGAUGACUCUUCUAGUUUUUUUUUUUUUGUUUUUUUUUACCUGGGAAGGUUACUCAGCUGGAGUAUUGGCUCAGUGGUGAGAGUAUUACUAAUGUGCGCUCCUUGUGAGGGAUUUUAGCACAGCAGAGGGGGGGGGCUGCUCAAGGGUCCAGAAAAAAAUUGCCUUCAAAAUGUCUUAAACUACUAAGACAUUCGGAGAAGAUUUUAUACCUAAUGUUAAACACACUAGGAAAAGACCCCUUGGGCCCUCUGAUGCAUGCAACGUAUUAGGUGACGGCAAGUUCGUCUCCGGACACUGUCGACUUGUAUCCAUACCCAUCUACAGAAGUCUUGUAUCGCCUUUCAUGUUUGUUCUUUUUGUUUUCCCUUUUUUUUUUCUUUUGUAUUUAUUUUAAGAGAAGGAAGAAAAACUUUUCUUUGUUUUAUAAUGUAAAAUAAUUACAGAGGGUCCCCUGUUGAUACAGGGGCCAAUGUAGAUGUAAGAUUUUAUAAGCUCUGUAUAUAUCUAUAUAAAUAUAUAUAUAUAUUACAAGUUGCACAAGCGGCAUGUUUCUCAAUGUAAAGGGUGACUUUAUUUUUUACCUGGAAGCAAAUGUUUUUAUUUUCUUCCUAUUUUGACUGUUUUGUCGCCAUGUAUGAUGUCUUUACUAUGUCUCUCUUGUAUCUGUUCAAACCCUUUAGUUUGGAAACAUGAAAAUAAAGAAAAAAAUAUACUUCCAAAAAUGUCUUUCAUUGGG